AUCGCCAAGAGAAGGGAAAGAAUGAGAGUCUCGGCACCACUGUGUUGGUUCCAAAUGGAUUGAUGGUUUUAACCCAUUUGCGAAAUUCAGUUUCUAAAUGGGUUGUGAAUUUCCCUUCGAUUCGACCCACCUGAGUUACAGAUUGGAUCCUACUUGACUCUGCAGGGAGGGAUUUGAAUGGACAAGGUUUUAGAGUUUGGACGAAGAGCCCUCUUCUACGUUAGGGUCCUCUCCGGCUAUGAACAGCGCCGGAUUCGAUCCUUUAGGUUGGAGAUCCAAAAGCGUCUCAAACAGGCGGAGGAAAGAAAAGCUACCAUAAGAAAGGUACCAGAACAGGCUAUCUUAGGAGAAGUUCGUCGCAUGGUUGAGGAGAUGCAAACUCUAAAUAAAAAGUUAGAGGAAACAGAGUCUGCCAUUGAAGAAUACUUCAAGCCAAUUGACAAAGAAGCAGAGGCAUUAAUGAAAGUACAACUUGAAGGAGAAGAGAGAACUAUGAAGAACAUGGUUAAAGUGAUGCAGCAGCAGGCUUUGUUUGAAAACGCUGAGGUAUUGUGUGAUUUGGUAUUGUGUACACCAGAAUACUAUACGUGCUCCCUUCCCUCUAUAGUAUACCGGCAACGUGAGUGUAUACUAGUUGAAGGUCAUAUUCAAGAGUACGUAUGUGAGCUCGCUUGUGGAUCUAUAUGCUCGGGUAGUGUGUAGAGAAAUACUGUCCAUCCAAUUUGUUAGGAAUAUUUAGCCUUGAAUUAUGGUUUAACAUAUGUAUCAUAUUUGACCGUUUAUUAUAGGUAAAUAUCUUGUAUCCAUUUGUAAUUUACGAUAUUUUUCUAUUUUAUAAAUGAUUAUAACUAAAGAAAUUUCACUA